AAAUCUUCUCCAUUCACCGAUUCUCCCUCAGAAUAACCAAUAAUCAUCGAUAAGAUCUUCAGUAAAAUUCCAACGAUAAGUUGAUUGGAUCCAUAAAAUUAGCUUAAAUUGAGAUGGAGAAUGGAGGAGCGGAGAAGGUCCAUGGCGACGGCAAUGGCAAUGGGCAGACAGCCGCAGCAGCGUCGUAUACUUAUUGGGUCCGAGAAGCGACAGCGGACGCCGCUCCCCUCCCUCUUCCGAAGAAACUCAUCGCUCAAGACUUAGUUUCGAACCAAUCUCAGCUCGCAACGCUUGGUUCUGUUUGGAAUCGGGCUGGAACGUGGGAGGAGAAAAACCUUAAUAGCUGGGCUACCCAAAGAUUAAAGGAAUUGUUUAGAUCUGUGGCACAUUGGACUUCUCGCGGCAAGGCCGAGAUUUCUGAUGUAACCAAGUGUGAUGGCGAUGCAUUUUUGGUUACUGUACGAAACAAGAAGCGUGUAGGUUAUACGUAUGAGUUGACAUUAAAAGUCAAGGGCGAGUGGCAUAUACAGGAGGAGAAGAAAACUGUUAAGGGACAUAUUGAUAUCCCAGAAUUCUCAUAUGGUGAGCUUGAUGACUUGCAGAUGGAAGUGAAGCUCAGUGAAGAGAAAGAAUUCGUGCUGCAAGACAAGCAGCAGAUUGUCCAGGACUUGAAGAAGCUGUUUUUGCAGCCUGUCCGGGAGAAAUUGCUUCAAUUUGAGCAGGAACUCAAAGAUCGGUAGCGGUUCGUCUUUCGCUUGAUUAAAACUUUGGUUUUUGAUGCAAUUUGUUAUUAGACUGUAACUGUAUCAUGUCAUCUGCUGUUAAACACUGCUUAAAAUGGAAUUCUAUGUAGCGGGAAAUUGUUAAGGAGUCAAAAGGCUCCGUUGGUAUAUGGCUUAAAUGUGCCUAAUAUUGAGAUAGUAUUGUUUUGCCUGA